AUGAACAACGUCAACACGCUGCCCACCACUCUGUUGCACGACUCGAGCUACGCGAAGGUGGUGCUCGAGGGUGGGAGGCCCUCUACUCGGACACACCGUUCUGCUAGCUGGCCCACCCCCGCCGAGUCGGCCGCCUACACGGCGAGCUCGCCGCAACACCAAAAGGUGCACAGCAUCAUGAGCAGGCUGCUUGGCCACUUCUGCCACGCCUUCCCCUCUCCCACCUGGAGACGCGAAGAGGUUCCACUCUCCCCGGCCGCACGCACUACGACCGACUCGAGGAAGGCGGCUUCAUGCUCAACCCAAGGCCAGAGCUGUCGGAUCCGCGGGGACAAGCUCGACGUGCUGCAGCAGUCGGCCAGGGUGGACAUCUCUGCAGAGCUGCAACGAGCGCUCUUGCCAGCGAACAUCGACAAGCCGAUAGAAGAGGCAAACGGAGGCCGACACGUCGAGAGGAAGCCGCUACACAAGGAGGAAGGGUCCACUCAGUACUGCUGGCGGCCUGCGCUAGCAACUACGGAAGGGGUCCCCUUCUCGCUCUUCUACUAUCAAGCUCCUUCUUCGUGCCUCGCCGCGCCACCAAGCGAAGAGGAAGAUGCCCGCCUCUACUUGGCCCAACCGUACAACUACGACGAAGGAGGCGAAGACCACGUCGAUGGCAACGACGAGAGCUCCUCCGACACCGAGUGGUGCCAGGAAGACGACUGGGUGAGGGACUUUGAGUGA